AUGGCCGAUACAACAGAGCACACUCUGCCUCCGGGCGAGCAGCCCCAGCCAGCUGCAGAGGCCGCCGUUGACCCGGGAGACAAUGUUUCUACGGAGCCCUCACACGCGCAUACAGACGAACAGUCACAUCCGCCCAUCGAUGUUUCGCUGCCCCCGAUUGACAAAACCUUACCGGACCACGACACAUCCCUCCCAGCCAUAGAUACAUCACUACCGUCAAUGGAUUCAACGAUACCAGCGCUACCUCCAAUUGAUACGUCACUACCGCCGUUGGAUACCACGAUGCCCGCUAUGGAUGAUCUACAUGGCACCGAGCACUUCUCAUUUGACAGAUUCGACGAGGAAACUUCCGGCCACGAUUUUGAAACUGGAACCACGGAACAUAUCCAUCAGACCACAGAGCACCAUGGAGACUCAUCAACCCCUGUUCCUCAAAACUCAGUCUCGUCAAACGGCGUACAUCCACCUCCUGGUCAACAGCAUCAACACUAUGAGCAACAGCCUCCGCAACAUCAUUACUCGCCUCAGCAGAAUGCGUUGACACAGCAUCAUCAGCAAUCACCGGCACAAACGCAUCAGCAGCCACAACUGCCUCCUGACAUGUACCACAGCCAGAAUAGCGCUUCCCCUCCUCUGACGAACCCUUCGAUGCAAGGACAGGCGUCGCACAUCCCGCAGGCCCCCAUUGGAUCGCCGAUGCCUCCGAUGGCAUCGGUGAGCCAGUACAUGGCAGGGUAUCCAUCGCAGAUGGGGAUGAAUUCAGGAGGACAAAUGCAUUAUCAGCUCCAGGGAGAUGCGAACAAGAUGCUAUCGGCUAGCAGGCACAAGAAGGAAGUUAAGCGUCGGACGAAAACCGGAUGUUUAACAUGUCGCAAGCGACGGAUUAAGUGUGACGAAGGCCACCCCGUUUGCCGCAACUGCGUCAAGAGCAAGCGUGAAUGCUUAGGCUACGACCCCGUCUUCAAACAACCCACUCCAUCUGCGAUCCAGCCAGCUCCUAAUCCUCAGCCUUCGCUCGUGGUCAACCCGCAAGACCCUUCCCCCAAUUCAACAACUACUCAACCUCAAUCAUCCUACCCUACUGCCCCUCCUGGCUACGUACCGGCCUCAUCCCAACCCUUCGCUCCCUCGCAGUCUCCAUCGACAUCUGCAGAACGCUUCGAGUACAAUUCGUCCAUUGACCCUUCACUCAACCAAAACAACUCGCCUGACAUGGCCAGCGUCCAGAAUGUUACUGAUGGAGGCCUGCAACCAACUGUUAAUCCCGCGACAACCACAACUGGGAACUCGGAGCCGACAAGCUUCAGGUUAAAACAAGUUCAGAUAAGCGAUCUUCUGGCUUUGCGAGGCAUCCCACCCCCACCUCCUCAUCCCAUCACUGCUCUUCCACCCAAUCGCCUCGAGGAAAUCCAAGCUGUUUUCCUUGCGACAUACGCUCCUGCAAUUGAUCGGUUCUUCGAGACCCGCUGGUUUUCGGAGAAAGCGCUGAGUCACCUCUUAGCGAACGCGCAAUUGAUGGCCGAAUAUUCCGCAUUGAUCGAAGCGUUCAACGACAGAAACCUGAGCGACCCUAACGUUCUCGCGCGGUUGGAAAGCUUUGAAGCGUCGAUUGUUUGGAGUACCAUCACCUUAUGUCGCCAUGUGAUGAAUGUAUCGAAUGGGAGCCAGCAGGAUUAUGAUCUCCUAGCUACUUCCAAACGGCUCGACGUGAUUGAAGCGAUGAUCACUGGCGACCAUCUCGACUCAAAUCCUCUUGCACAAUUCCCGACCCGGGAACCCGCCGCCAACCCGCCGUCAUUACCAGAUCAAUUGACCCAGCGUCAGCUAGACUUCUGGAGUGCGAUUGGCUACUUCCUCACCCUCCACGACAAUGAAGCCAGCGCUGCGAAGGAGAUCGACGAUACACUGGGUCGUUCUCGUACGCUUCUAGAUACGUUUGAGAACCGAGAUGUCAUCUACUCAAUUGCAAUUGCCCGCCACCUUGGCCAGCGAUGGGCCGAUUUCCCGCACAGCUUCCCCCAGCCGAUCACCACGAACGAGAAAGACGCCGGAGCCAAGCUUUAUGUUGCGCAGAAAUUCCUUGAACAAGAAGCCGGCGGAAAAGGUACCACACAGGUCAUUAAACGUCUAUGUGGUAUGGUCGUCCGAUCUUGGUUUGUUUCGCGAGAAUAA